AUGUAUUUGUUUCCAUCGCCUAUUGAAAGAUUAAAGAUAAUCAGACACAAUCAGCAAUUAAGGAAGGCCAAUUAUUAUCGUUCCACAGGUAGACAAUUGCCUAUAGUUUUCAGUGACGAUAGCCUAUCAAAAGUUGAUAAUUCUAAUAACACCAUCCAGGGGGGUUCUGUUGAUAAGUACAUAAACACUUAUCCCUCCUUGAAAAUAAGAAAGUUGAAUCCAGUCGAAAUAAUAGCUGAUGCUAAAGAAAAUCAACUAAUUCGCCAAAAACUUGAUAAUCGUGUGAAUUCAAAUAAAAAGCGAAAGUUCGGUGUAUUCACUGACGAUUUCAACUAUGAUGAUUUUGAUUUAAUAUCAUAUAACUCUGAGUCCAUGAAAAAGAAAUCAAGUUUACUUUCUCCUUACAAGUCAACUAUAUCCUCAACCUCCAAUACCCCUAAAGAAAAAAAAAUUAUAUUACAAUUAUCUCCAUCAAAGAGACAUCAAAAGAUCAAUUUGAGUUUUGUUCCAACAACCUCAAAGCUAAAAUUAAUAUCCAAUAUAAGCUCAACUAAUGGCUCUUUACACUGUUUGGACAAUUUAAAAAGAAAAAAAAUCAAAUCAAUUAAUAUUGAUGAUAUAGAUGAUCAUUCUACUUUCAAUGAUGGUGAAACUGAAAAUGAAAAUUCAAUCGAUAAAACUAUCGAAGACAACUCAUUGAUAGAGGCAUCGAUAAAUAAUAAUGAAACACAAGGAAAAAAUACUAAAAAUUUACUAAAGACUUCUUCUACACCUAAAAUAUUUCCAACUUCAGCAUUUAAUUUUGCUGGUUCAUCAUUCAAAGAAGACUCAAAAACAGAAGCAAAAGGGAAAUUUGACGAAAAAUCAGGAGAUGAACAAAAGCAGCAAACAAAUAAUAAAUCGGAAGAUAAACCAAAUGAUAGCUCAAGUGAAAAAUCUGAUGAUAAACCUAAAAACAUUUUUUCAACUUUUACAAAAUCUACCGAUAAUACUAAACCUUUCCUUUCAUUUAAAAAACCCGAUUCUGACUCCUCUAAACCAAUAACGUCAUUCUCAUUUACUACCAAUGAUAAUAAAAAGGAAAAUGAUGAUAAAAAAGAAUCUUCAAAUACCAAUGCUUUUUCAUUUAAUAUAUCCAAACCUACUGAUUCAAACUCUCAAACAUCCCCAAAAAUCAAACCAACUUCUGCUUUUAGUUUUGCAGCUCCUAAAAAUCCCACUGAUUCAAAUAGUUCUUCAAAAAAUAAUGAACCAUCAACUCUACUGUUCUCUUUUAAUCCUCCUGAAAACAAGAAUAAAAGAAAAGCUGAUGAUUCUGAACAGGAAGCCGUCAAACCUAGUUUUUCUUUUAAUAUUCCCAACACAAACAAUACUACAACAAACAAUAACUUUUUUAGUUUUAAUAAAAAACAAGAUUCUGACUCAACUAAUUCAACAAAAACAACAACUUCUGUAUUUAAUUUUGCUCUAUCAAGUGACAAUAAACCUCAAACCACAUUUUCAUUUAGCCAACCAGAUAUUUCUAAUAAUAAAACAAAUGAAAAAUUAAAAAGUGAUGAAGAAAAUAAUAAAAAUAAUACUGCAAAACCAUCAUUUUCAUUUGCCCCCACGGAUUCUAAGGCUAAUUCAAAUAAACCCACAUUUUCCUUUUCAAAACCAAGCAGUUUUAAUACUAAUACUAAUACCAAUACCAACACCAAUACCACAGCCACUGCUACCACCACUAAUACAGCAGAUAAGCUGCAGUUUACAUUUUCUUCUAGUGCAGAGAAAAUGGAUAUUUCUUCUGAAAAUAUAAAACCAGCAUUCAGUUUCAAUCUUAAGGGCGCAGGUUUUGACUCUGCCAAAAAAAAUGAAGCGACACCAAAUUCGACAGCAGCACCAAAAUUUAAUUUUAAUUUUCCAAAUCCUAGCAAUUCAGUAAAUUCAAUAAAUUCAAUAAAUAAUAAACCAAAUAUUGGGUUUUCAUUUAAUACAAAGCCUGAAGAAGCAAACACUGAGACAGCUAAAACAAAUUUUUCAUUUGACUUUGGUGCACCAAAAGCUGCAAAUAAUACAAUUAGUAACAAUUCUAAUGGAAGCACUGGCACACCAUUUUCAUUUGAACCAUCAACUAAAAGUAGCUUGACAAAUUUAAAUAAUCCUAUGAGUAGUACGAGCACACCAAGUAAUCUAUCGGGAAGUGGAUUCAACUUUGGCAGUAACACGCAAAAUUCCAAUGUUGGUAAUUCAAUGCAAACUAGUUUUUCAUUUAAUACUAAUACUAAUACUAAUACUAAUACUAAUACUAAUACUAAUACUAAUACUAAUACUAAUAAUCAAAUGAGUGGUUUUUUGGGAAAUAAGGGAUUUUCAUUUGGGAAUAAUCAAAGACUGGUUUCAACACCAAUUUCAUUUAAUAUGAGUAAUACUAAAAGUGCCACUAGCAACAAUGCUACUACUACUACUACUAAUAAUAAUAAUAAUAUGAUGAUGAAUGGUGAUAGUGGAAAAUUUCAGGUUUUUCAUAAGCCAUCACUUAGUAAUAAGCCAUCGUUUGAUUUCGGUGUUUCAAGUACAGUUGAUCCAGCCUCUAUAUUUGGAGGAGGAAGUUCAGACAAUAAUAAUAUUAAUACUAAUACUACUACUAAUAAUAAUAUGGAUAUGGAUAUGAAUAUGAAUAAUAGUGGAAACAAUGGUAUGGCUCCAAAACCAGUAGUGUUUCCAUCAACGCGAAGGUUUGCCAUGCCACGUAGUAGAAGACGACAACAGCGUUGA